AGUGACCACGAUCAUCCUUACUCGGACUAGCCGCCGUUCUUGCCCACAGCUCUCAUCUCAUGUAGCAUCCGACUCCGAGCUCAGGGGCUAUUUCGUCAGCCUGCUCUUGCAAUUGAACGUCGACCAUAAAAUUCUGGAAUGAUGGCUGCUAUUGAAUUCAAUCCUCUCAUUGUUAUCGCCGCGGCUGCCAUUAUCUGUGCUAUUGUCUCCUUUAUAGUCGCUCGGCGAACUAUACGUGGCCGAUUAGUCGUGGUCCCUGGUGGUCCAACGGUUAGAGUGACCGAGGAGCAACCUGAACUGGUGGAUUUGUACGUUGAGCCGGGAAGAAAGGAGCUUGGAACUACUUGGCAGGAUAUCAUGCCUAUUGCUGCCUCCACUCCCCGAGAAAUUAGUCCAGCAUCUGGCAUGCGCACCACCGAAGUCGAGAUAGCGGUAGCCAUCCUGAUGCCAUCGCCCAACAAUCAAUCUGUUAACCUCAAUAACCAUACGAAUGGACGUCCCAUGUCUUCAUCCUCAAGCACCAGCUCUAAAGAGAAGGAGAAGCAACUUCGGGGGGAGGAAUGGAUGGACCAUGCAGACCAAGCCGAUGAUUCUAUUGACUAUUCGAUUGGUUUGACUCAGGUGCUUUGCCACCAUCGCCAUCCACUUGAAUUCGCAUGAAGGAAACGAUUUUCAAUGAUUCGUUCAUGACUCUAGGAAUCUAACUGGUGCGCUGGCGGAUAAUUUCUUUUUGUAUGCACACAUUAGCUCUUACGGUUUUCAGGAUGUAUUUAUAGUAUACAAUGGUAAUACAGGUUCAUCUAUCAUUAUCUGCAAUGUGGUUUGUCCAACAUUGGCACCAAGCAGUUCGGCGCCCAGAAACACCGUGCCCAACGUGACUUUAAUCCCGACAACCUUCAGGCAAACAUGCAUGGCAAUAGGAGGCAAUUUUUU